GCAGCAGUCGUCGUCGUCGUCGCCGAAACCGGAACGAAAAUACGAUUAUUAUAUAUUUCGUUUAUACUCGGCCGGUCCGCCCACCGCGUGUGCUAUCGCGACGCGUCCCGCCAAAAGCCGAAGCGGACCGAACCUUUGCCGCGAGCUUUGGAUAGACCUACCUACCUACCUACCUAUAAUACAUUUACCGACGAGCGUACGUCGACGACGCGCCACGCACGCCACCGUCGCCGCCGUGGCGUAUUAUUAUUAUUACUAUUACUAUUAUUAUUAUUACCGCACCGCGACGCCGGACCCCGCGAGCGCUGUUCACUUGUGCGUAUUGUUUUCGCGCCUCUGAACAUCGGAAGUUCCGGAGUGCACAGUUUGCCGAGCAACCCGACGGCACGGCCGUCGGCCCGACCGAGAAACGAUAUAAUAAUAAUAAUAAUAAUAAUAACAUUAUUAUUAUCAUCUUCGUCGUCGUAUAGUACAACAAUAGAGAAAAAAAAAGUAUAAUAUAAUGUACAACCGUAAUGACGACGACGACGACGACGACAGUAAUAUAAUAGGUACGCGCUAGGCACAAAUGAUAUGCGCGGGCGACGGUUUUAAAUCGCACGACAUCGAUGCGGACGAUUUCAAAAUAAUGUGGAAUUAUUAUCAUUCGUCUUAGUGCCACGUGAGCUGCCUGCACGAUAUUUAUAUUUAGAAUAAGGAAUAAAAAACAGACCUUUCGUUUCGGCAAUAUUCGGAGUUAAACCAUAUUAUAAUAUUAUUAUCGUCACUGCCGUUUGAUUAUUUACACGUUCGAAGACCACUCAAACGAGGAACGCAGCAGCCGAUCAUUAGUAAUGCAAUAUUAUUAUUGUACACCAACAAAUACAUAAUAUUGUGCACGCGUUCGUUGUUCAUCGUCAUUAACGGACGUUUGUGGGCGGCAUGGUACGUUCAAUUGAAGUUUUCAUUUUUUGUCUACUCGUCAUGUUACAAGCGCCUUUCAUCAACAACCUGAAAUUGUUGAACGUCCGAAUAGCCAACCAUACGAUAUUGGGCAGUAGUACAACACUAAAAUGCACGUUCGACCUAGAAGGAGAACAUCUGUACUCGGUCAAAUGGUACAAGAACGGCGACGAGUUCUUCAGAUACUUACCCAAAAGCAAACCAAACAUACAGGUUUUCGAAAAAUCCGGCAUUUAUAUUGACAUCGAUAAAUCAAAUUCAACCGAAGUCGUGCUCAAGUCUUUAGAACUGUCAAGCAGUGGCACCUAUAGGUGUGAAGUUUCGGCGGAGGCUCCGUCGUUUCAAACCGUAUUCCAAGACCGAGAUAUGAUUACAGUGGAAGAAAUUCCGUGGAUUUCCGGUCUUCAGCACGAAUAUAAUGUCGGGGAGACUGUAAAUGCCAACUGUACGUCGAGUAAGAUGGAAAUUCAUGCCCAGCUCGUUUGGUAUAUAAACAAUGAAAAGGCCAACUCUACAGUUGAACAAGGACCGUACUACAAAAAGUACUUCGCAGGUAGCGGACAACUUGUGACAACUGUACUAGGACUCAGCUUCACUGUAACCGAUGGUCAUUAUAAGAAUGGUGAAAUAUAUCUGAAAUGUGCGGCUCGUCUUUCAACGCAUUAUUUAUUAUAUUCAGAUGAAAAAAUUAUAAGGUUCACCAAACGGCCUCCUACUGAAUCAAUAAUUUCUAACCAAGUUAAACAAGCUAAAAUGCAAGAGAAUUCGAUCAGCGUACAAAACACGCCGAACAUUAUUCAUAUGGUAUGUGUUUUGGUUUUCUGUCUGCGAAACAACAGAAAAAUGGUAGUUGCAUACUAAUUACAAACAAAUAAACACAUAUAUUAUUAUUUGUAAUUGUAUUGUAAUUGUCAUUAAUGAAACGAAUCGUAGUUUAUAAUUACAUUGUAAUAUAUUGUUUACUUCCUACACAUG